AUGGCGUCAGUCAAGAUCGCUCCGUUUGAAGCCACGUCCAUUGAAGCUAUCCCAAGCACAGUCAGCUUGUGCCAAACAACUUUUCGGUCACAAAGGACGAAGCCGGUAUCGUAUCGCUUAGUCCAAUUGCGAAAGCUCUACUGGGGUAUCGUGGAUUACUCUGAUGCUUUGGUUGAAGCUUGUAAGCUGGAUCUCGGCAAGCCAGUUUUCGAGACGUUCCUUUCUGAGAUUGACUGGUGCAAAAAUGAUAUUAUGUUUGUCACCAAAAAUCUUGAGAAAUGGAUGAAGGAUGAAGCAGCACCAGAUAUUCCACUCACAAACAGCCUAUUGAAUCCAAGGAUCAGAAAGGAGCCCCUUGGAACUGUUCUGGUCAUCGGCGCAUACAAUUUCCCCGUCCAAUUGUCAUUUGGCCCUUUGAUUGGAGCUAUUUCCGCCGGUUGCACUGCCGUUUUGAAGCCAUCAGAAGUAUCUCCAAAUGCAGCAAUGGUUUUGAAGAAGAUUGUCGAAGAGUACCUGGACCCAGAUGCCUACGCUGUCGUCAACGGCGCUAUUCCCGAGACCACUGCUCUUCUCAACGAGAAAUGGGACAAGAUAUUCUACACAGGGAACUCUCAGGUCGGAACUAUCAUUGCGAAGAAGGCUGCCGAGACCCUGACCCCCGUUUGUCUCGAGCUUGGCGGCCGCAAUCCAGCUAUCGUUACCAAGAACGCUGAUCCUCGUUUGGCAGCCCGCCGGCUUGUAUGGGGCAAGCUUCACAAUGCUGGUCAGGUGUGCAUCAGUCAAAACUAUAUUAUGGUUGAGAAAGAAAUCCUUCCUGCCUUCAUCGAGCAGCUGAAAAUCGCACUGAAGGAAUUCUAUCCUGGAGGCCAGAAGGCAAGCCCUGACUAUGCCAGAAUUGUCAACAACAGGCAUUUUCACCGGAUCAAGAAGAUGGUUGAUGAAUCUCGUGGCAAGAUUUUGAUUGGAGGAGAAAUGGAUGAGUCUGACAACUUCAUCGAGAUCACUGUUGUUCAAGUUGACGAUAUCAAUGACUCUAUGAUUGUGGACGAGUCGUUCGGUCCUUUGAUGCCUCUCUUGGCAGUUGACAGUGUGGAUGAGGCUAUCCGUAUUGCAAAUACUGUCCACUCAACUCCACUAGGACUGUAUCCUUUUGGUACUACCAGCGAGACAAAUAAGAUUCUCAGCGAGGUCACCUCGGGAGGAGCCUCUGUGAAUGACGCCUUUUUCCACGGCUCGAUCCCAACACUCGCUUUUGGUGGUGUUGGUGAUUCGGGACAGGGUGCCUACAGAGGAAAGGCUUCAUUCGAUACCUUCACCCAUCGGCGAUCCGUAACAACAACCCCCGGCUGGAUGGAGAAGCUGCUCGACAUUCGCUACCCUCCAUAUGCCGGGAAGCUCGCCAAAUUUAGACAGAUGAGUGAGGUCAAGCCAAAUUUCGAUCGAAACGGUCAAGAAAUCAAGGGUUUGGGAUAUUGGGUCGGCUUUGUGGCUGGGCUAGGCGGUUCUAGUGCCAAGGUUUAA